GUGCCAGACGGAUCAGCCUCGCUGAUUCCCUCCCCACAGCCGUUACCGUCGACCUCUCAGCGGUGUCGUUGCCGGUUCACCAGACGAUUGACCAAGUUGUUCAGUGGACAAGGGAAGCAGUUUGGCCACUUUGCGGCGAUCUCCCUUCCGAGCCCCCUUUGCCGGCAUGUGUGCAGGACUUUCUUGCCAAGUGUGCUUUUGGGGAUUCUCCGCGAACUGCCCCAUGCUAUGAGCAGAUUACCAUCUACACCGAUGGGUCUUACGACGGAGCUGCCUCUUCCUGGUCGUUCUGUGCUUUUGGUAGUCAGGGAGACCGGACUACCUUCAUUGGGUGGUCUGCCGGCCAGGUGCAUACCGACGCUGCGGACCCUCUCUUUCUGCAGCCUUGCCGUCACAGCGCCCUCUGUGGCGAGCAACAUGCUAUCCUCUGGGCCGCUAUUUGGCUCAUGCAGUCCCCACGGCACUUUCGUUCCCAUCUCGUGUCGGACUGCCUUGUUGCGCUGCAACAGGCCACGGGCACUUUUGGCUGGAGCGAUGCUGACAGCUUUGCCCCGCUAUGCCGUGCCGCCAUGCAGGCUGCGUGUUCAGCCAGGCCUACCCUUGAUUCUGAGAUCUCCCAUGUCCGUUCUCAUCAGGGGCACCCCGCCAAUGAGCUCGCGGAUCACCUGGCUAAGAGCGCCAACAGGGGCCAUGGGGUGACUCCCACUCCCCACCAGCUCUGGGCUGCUGAGUGGAUUCGUCAAGGUGCCCUGGCCUGGCUUUGGGUUCAGAUCGAAGCUGCGGCCUUUCCGGAUAUGCAAGCCUUCGGCCUGCAGCCGGACCCCAACCCGAAUGGUGUUGGAGCCAGUCUGAGGGUCGUGCACGCUAUCUGCGCGAGCAGCUCCAAGGUGCAGGAGUCCAGGUCGCAGCACUUCAAGAAGCCAGAUCAGCAACUUCGGAUGUGA